AAAGUGCGUUCGCGGGUGCCUGUCAGCGCAAAUUAGCAGCAAAACGCAUGCGCACUUUAAAAUUAUAUAAAUAAUAUCGUUAAUAGAUAAAUAUACAAGGUAUAUUUACCUAUUAUAAUAUAAUAAUUAGUUAUUAAUAUUAAUUAGAAGUAAAUAUACCUUGUUUAUUUAUCUAUUAACGAUAUUAUUUAUAUUAAAUGAGGUUAGAAAUUGUCGGCGACAAUUUGUCAACUGUACCCGCGAACGCACCUAUGUCUAAUAUGUCUGCUUUAGUGCUUCCUCCUGUUUUUUAUUAUAUUCUUAUCAUCUUAUCGUAAAUAGUUAAUCCACGUGUGCGUUGAUCGUAAUCCUUCAUUCGUUUAUUACUACUGAAGCUGAAACAUAUAAAAUUACCAUAAAUAUAAAAUCAUGUUCAAUCCAACUGAAAUAAAACAAGAGGUUGAUGAGUUUGAGACAACUUGCAAAAAAGAAAUGGAGGACGAAGUAAAUGAAGACAAAGUUCUACAGGAUACCUUUAAAGCUGAAAUUAAGGAUGAACCUACCAGUGAAAGUGUAAAUUAUGAUGCAUUUGAUUAUGUAGAUGUCAAGGAAUGCCAUAUAAAAGAUGAAAUCAAGCAAGAUGAUGGUGUCUCUUGUAAAGAUAUGGAAAAGGAUGCCAGUAGUCUCUUAACAAACGAUGAUAGAAGUGAAAGUAAUUUGAACGAAUAUAUAUCCAAUACCAAUGUGAACACUGGAGGACAGCGUUUUAUAUGUUUCAUUUGCAAGAAACCAUUGUUAAGUAAUUCUAGUUUAGAACAACAUAUGUGGAUACACAUUGAUGAAAAACCAUUUAAAUGUGAAUUAUGCUCCAAAGAGUUUUCAACGAAACAAAAUUUAAAAUCGCAUAUGACAGUUCAUACUGGUGAAAAACCGUUUAAAUGUGAAAUUUGCACCAGACAGUUUUCACUGAGAGGAAUUUUAAGGAUGCAUAUGGGAGUGCAUACUGGUGAAAAACCAUUUAAAUGUGAAAUUUGCAACAAACAGUUUUCAAGGAAGCAAGUUUUAAAAUCGCAUAUGACAGUGCAUCCUGGUACAAAAGCAAUUGAAUGUGAAAUCUGCUCCAAACAGUUUUCUUUUCAAUCAAUUUUAAAAUUGCAUAUGAGGGUGCAUACUGGUGAAAAACCAUUUGAAUGUGAAAUUUGCGCCAAACAAUUUUCAACGAAAACACAUUUAAAAUAUCAUAUGAGAGUGCAUACUGGUGAAAAACCAUUUGAAUGUAAAAUUUGCGCCAAACAAUUGUCAUCAAGGAGUAGUUUUAAAGUACAUAUGACAGUGCAUCUUGGUGAAAAACCAUUUAAAUGUGAAAUUUGCACCAAACAAUUUUCAAUGAAAAUAAAUUUAACUAGACAUAUGAGAGUGCAUACUGGUGAAAAACCAUUUAAAUGUGUAAUUUGCGCCAAACAAUUUUCACAAAAGAGUAAUUUAAAAACUCAUAUGGCAGUGCAUCCUGGAAAAAACCCAUUUGAAUGUAAAAUUUGCAACAAACAGUUUUCAAGAAGAAACUCACAUUUUACUAGACAUAUGAGAGUACAUACUGGUGAAAAACCAUUUAAAUGUGAAAUUUGCACCAAACAGUUUUCAAGGAAACAAAAUUUAAAAUUGCAUAUGAACUUGCACAUUGGUGAAAAACCAUUUGGGUGUGAAAUGUGCGCCAAACGAUUUUCAUCAAAGAGUAAUUUAAAAAAGCAUAUGAGAAUGCAUACUGGUGAAAGUGUCUCUUGUAAAGAUAUGAAAACCGAUGUCAGUAGCCUUUUAACAAAUGAUGAUAGAAGUGACAGUAAUUUAAACGAAUAUAUAAUUUCCAAUACCAAUGUGAACGCUAGAAGACCACGUUUUAUAUGUAGCAUUUGCAAGAAACCAUUCUUAAUUAAAUCUAGUUUAGUACAGCAUAUGUGGAUCCACACUGAUGAAAAACCAUUUAAAUGUGAAAUUUGCAAGAAACAGUUUUUAUCAAAAAGUAAUUUAAAAGGACAUAUGAGAGUGCAUACUGGUGAAAAACCAUUUAAAUGUGAAAUUUGCACCAAACAGUUUUCAACGAAAUCAGUUUUAAAAACGCAUAUGACAGUGCAUCCUGGUGAAAAAUCAUUUGGUUGUGAAAUUUGCGUUAAACAGUUUUCAACAAAAACACUUUUAAAAUUGCAUAUGAGAGUGCAUACUGGUGAAAAACUAUUUGAAUGUGAAAUUUGCGCCAAACACUUUUCAACGAAAACACAUUUAAAAUUUCAUAUGAGAGUGCAUACUGGUGAAAAACCAUUUGAAUGUAAAAUUUGCGCCAAACAAUUUUCAUCAAAGAGUAGUUUGAGAGCACAUAUGACAGUGCAUCCUGGUGAAAAACCAUUCAAAUGUGAAAUUUGCACCAAACAGUUUUCAACGAAAGCACUUUUAAAAUCGCAUAUGAGGGUGCAUACUGGUGAAAAACCAUUUAGGUGUGAAAUUUGCGCCAAACACUUGUCAACAAAGAGUAAUUUAAAAGUGCAUAUGAGAAUGCAUACUGAUGAAAGUCUCUCUUGUAAUGAUAUGAAAACGGAUGCCAGUAGGCUCUUAACAAAUGAUGAUAGAAGUGACAGUAAUUUGAACCAAUAUAUAAUUUCCAAUACCAAUGUGAACACCGGAAGACAACGUUUUAUAUGUAUCAUUUGCCAGAAACCAUUGUCAAGUAAUUAUCAUUUACAACUUCAUAUGAGGAUACAUACCGAUGAAAAACCAUUUGAAUGUGAAAUUUGUACCAAACAGUUUACAAGAAAAGAUAAUUUAAAAUCGCAUAUGAGAGUGCAUACUGGUGAAAAACCAUUUGAAUGUGAAUUUUGUGCUAAACAAUUCUCAUCAAAGAGUAAUUUAAAAGCACAUAUGACAGUGCAUCCUGGUAAAAACCCAUUUGAAUGUGAAAUUUGCCCCAAACAGCUCUCAUCGAAAUCAAUUUUAAAAUUGCACAUGAGAGUGCAUACUGGUGAAAAACCAUUUGAAUGUAAAAUUUGCACCAAACGCUUUUCAACAAGGAGUUAUUUAUUAAUGCAUAUGAAAUUGCAUACUGGUGAAAAACAAUUUGAAUGCGAAAUUUGCAAGAAACAGUUUUCAAUGAAAUUAUAUUUAAAAUCACAUAUUAGAGUGCAUACUGGUGAAAAACCAUUUAAAUGUGAAAUCUGUACCAAACAGUUUUCAAGAAAAGAUAAUUUAAAAUCGCAUAUGUGUGUGCAUACUGAAAAACCAUUUGAAUGUAAAAUUUGCAUCAAACAAUUUUCAACGAAACCAUUUUUAAAAUCGCAUAUGAGAGUGCAUACUGGUGAAAAUCCAUUUAAAUGUGAAAUUUGCACCAAACAGUUUUCAAUAAAACAAGAUCUAAAAAGACAUAUGAGAGUGCAUACUGGUGAAAAACCAUUUGAGUGUGAAAUUUGCGCCAAACUGUUUUCAAUAAAGAGUAAUUUAAAAGUACAUAAAAUGACAAUGCAUACUGGUCAAAAAUGUGUCUCUUGUAAAGAUAUGAAAACUGAUGUUAGUAGCCUCUUAACAAAUGAUGAUAGAAGUGACAGUAAUUUGAACGAAUAUAUAAUUUCCAAUACCUCCAAUGUGAACACCGGAAGACGUUUUAUAUGUAUCAUUUGCAAGAAACCAUUGUCAAGUCUCUCUUGUAAUGAUAUGAAAACGGAUGCCAGUAGCCUCUUAACGAAUGAUGAUAGAAGUGACAGUAAUUUGAACCCAUGUACAACUUCCACUACCAAUGUGAACACUGGAGGACAAGGUUUUAUAUAUAUCAUUUGCAAGAAACCAUUGUCAAGCAAUUCUCAUUUAGAACUUCAUAUGAGGAGACGUACUGAUACAAAACCAUUUAAAUGUGAAAUUUGUACUAAACAGUUUUCAAAGAAAACACAUUUAAAAUUUCAUAUGAGAGUGCAUACUGGUGAAAAACCAUUUACAUGUGAAAUUUGCGCCAAACAAUUUUCACAAAAUAGUAAUUUAAAAUUUCAUUUGAAAGUGCAUUCCGGUGAAAAACCAUUUGAAUGUGAAAUUUGCACCAAACAGUUUUCAACAAAGAGUUAUUUAUUAACUCAUAUGAACUUGCAUACUGGUGAAAAGCCAUUUAAAUGUGAAAUUUGCGCCAAACAAUUUCCAUCAAAGAGUAAUUUAAAAGCACAUAUGACAGUGCAUUCUGAUGAAAAACAAUUUAAAUGUGAAAUUUGCACCAAACAGUUUUCAACAAAACCAAUUUUAAAAUUGCAUAUGAGAGUGCAUACUGGUGAAAAACCAUUUGAAUGUGAAAUUUGCACCAAACCCUUUUCAACAAAGAAUUAUUUAUUAAUGCAUACGAAAUUGCAUACUGGUGAAAAACCAUUCGAAUGUGAAAUUUGCAAGAAACAGUUUUCAACGAAAGAAGUUUUAAAAUCGCAUCUGAGAGUGCAUACUGGUGAAAAACCAUUUAAAUGUGAAAUUUGCACCAAGCAGUUUUCAAGGAAACAAGUUUUAAAAUCACAUAUGACAGUACAUCCUGGUGAAAAACCAUUUGAAUGUGAAAUUUGCACCAAACAGUUUUCAACGAAAAACGUUUUACAAUCGCAUAUGACAGUGCAUUCUGGUGAAAAACCAUUUGAAUGUGAAAUUUGUGCCAAGCAGUUUUCAAGGAAACAAGUUUUAAAAUCGCAUAUGAGAGUGCAUACUAGUGAAAAACCAUUUAAAUGCCAAAUUUGCGCCAAACAAUUUAAAUCAAAGAGUAAUUUAAAAGCACAUAAUAUGAAAAUUCAUACUGGCCAAAAAUGUAUCUCUUGUAAAGAUAUGAAAACGGAUGCCAGUAGCCUCUUAACAAAUGAUGAUAGAAGUGACAGUAAUUUGAACCCAUGUACAACUUCCACUACCAAUGUGAACACUGGAGGACAAGGUUUUAUAUAUAUCAUUUGCAAGAAACCAUUGUCAAGCAAUUCUCAUUUAGAACUUCAUAUGAGGAGACGUACUGAUGAAAAACCAUUUGAAUGUGAAAUUUGCACUAAACAGUUUUCAACGAAAACACAUUUAAAAUUUCAUAUGAGAGUGCAUACUGGUGAAAAACCAUUUACAUGUGAAAUUUGCGCCAAACAAUUUUCACAAAAGAGUAAUUUAAAAUUUCAUUUGAAAGUGCAUUCUGGUGAAAAACCAUUUGAAUGUGAAAUUUGCACCAAACAGUUUUCAACAAAGAGUUAUUUAUUAACUCAUAUGAACUUGCAUACUGGUAAAAAGCCAUUUAAAUGUGAAAUUUGCGCCAAACAAUUUCCAUCAAAGAGUAAUUUAAAAGCACAUAUGACAGUGCAUUCUGAUGAAAAACCAUUUGAAUGUGAAAUUUGCACCAAACAGUUUUCAACGAAACCAUUUUUAAAAUUGCAUAUGAGAGUGCAUACUGGUGAAAAACCAUUUAAAUGUGAAAUUUGCACCAAACCCUUUUCAACAAAAUAUUAUUUAUUAAUCCAUAUGAAAUUGCAUACUGGUGAAAAACCAUUUGAAUGUGAAAUUUGUGCCAAACAAUAUUCACAAAAGAGCAGUUUAAAAUUUCAUUUGAAAGGGCAUUCUGGUGAAAAACCAUUUGAAUGUGAAAUUUGCACCAAACAGUUUUCAACAAAGAGUUAUUUAUUAACUCAUAUCAACUUGCAUACUGGUAAAAAGCCAUUUAAAUGUGAAAUUUGCGCCAAACAAUUUCCAUCAAAGAGUAAUUUAAAAGCACAUAUGACAGUGCAUUCUGAUGAAAAACCAUUUAAAUGUGAAAUUUGCACCAAACAGUUUUCAACAAAACCAUUUUUAAAAUUGCAUCUGAGAGUGCAUACUGGUGAAAAACCAUUUAAAUGUGAAAUUUGCACCAAGCAGUUUUCAAGGAAACAUGUUUUAAAAUCACAUAUUAUGACAGUACAUCCUAGUGAAAAACCAUUUGAAUGUGAAAUUUGCACCAAGCAGUUUUCAAGGAAACAAGUUUUAAAAUCGCAUAUGAGAAUGCAUACUGGUGAAAAACCAUUUCAGUGUGGAAUUUGCGCCAAAGACUUUUCAAAAAAGAGUAAUUUAAAAGCACAUAAUAUGAAAAUGCAUACUGGCCAAAAAUAAUUUGAAUGUGACCACGAAACACUUUUCAACAAAAAGUUAUAUUUAUUAAUGUAUAUGAAAUUGCAUAGUGGUGAAAAACCAUUUAUUGUGAAAUUUACACAAGUUUUCAAGGAAACAAGUUUUAAAAUCACAUAUAAGAGUGCAUUCUGAUGAAAAAUCAUUUGAAUGUGAAAUUUGCACCAUAGAGUUUUCAACGAAACUAACAAAAAUUUCAAUUUUUUUGCUUGUGAAUACUUUUACUUAUGCAAUUAAUAUAUAGUAAUAGUAAAAAAGAAUGUCUAUUUUUUAUUAUUAUGAUUUGCACGACCUAUAUAUAAACAGUGGGGUUCCUACGGUCUCCUCCGCAUCCCACAUUUCGGUCGCCAUCGUUUUUCAUCCACCCAUUCGUUUUCUUCUAUAGCUGUUUCUGUAGGCCUUCCUCUUCUUCUAUUUAUGGGUGUAUAAU